GGUAAUUAAAACCGAAGUUUUAUGUCACAUUAUCUUCAAGGAACUGUCUAAGUCUAGGUGGUCAUAAAUAGUAUUGCACUACUCAUGUGGUAAAUAUUCAUUUCAACUCUGGACAGUGAACCAAAGUGUGUUAAAAGUUAAAAUAAUGUCAUUAAAAAUAUGAAUACAUUGGAGGGAGAGGACAUGCAAUGCUAAGGGAGUCAUAAUUAUAAUUCUAAAAAAGACCCCCCAAGUCCCUGAUCUCGGACAAUCAUUUCAAAUCGGUGAUAUUUAUGCGAUACUGGGAAAGUAUUCUUUACGUUUUCUGAAGAAUUACGUAGACUUACAGUUAAGUUAAGUUCAUUUUCAUUAGACCAAUUGAAGAUGUUAGACAGGCUGCUCUGCAAUUUGAGUACACCCUCUACCGAGAAAAAUAAAGAUACAUUUUUCAGUCAUCUGCCUAAAAGGAUUUUUUGCGUGUUUGACUUAAUGGAGAUGAUCAAUAAAAAUGUUGAAGAGAAUCGGACCACAGCGUGAGCCCUGUGGAACCCCGGAGAUGAUGGUCUAUUUUGUUUUUGCGAGAAAAACUCAUCAGUUUUACUAUAGGUACAUAUCUACACAUUUAAUUUCUUAUUUAUGUAUAUGUAUUCUUGCUAUACUUCAAUUUUGAGUAUAUUACAUCUCAUAAUAAUUCAAGGACAUAAUACGAAAGGUAUCAGUAUAGUUCUGCUCUCCGUAUGCCAUCAAGUAAAACUAAAUUAUCCCGUAGGUAUACUAUAUUUUGUAAACAAUUUAACUUUAAAUUAUCAUAACAUUCCAACUAUGCACCUAUUUGCUAACAACCACCCACAGUUUUCUCCUAAAGUCCAUUAAGUUAAUUUGGGCAUUUCAGAAAUAAAAUUGAAUUAAGCUGAAACAUCCCUUAAUAAUACCUUGACAUAGCUCGCUUGAGUCUGUAGGUGUUUUAAAGGUCAUUUAAGUGGUUCGGACUGUCAAUAAAGGUGCAUUUUGGAGUGAUUUUUUCAGGUAGAGAAUCCACCUGUGUGAAUGUUGUUUUGAAAGACACCUGUGCUGUAUACUAACCACAGGAUAUCGGCGCCACCACCCUCGGCGUUCCACAAUACAUGUCUCGGCUGUUGUGAACUUCAUGCACCGAGAUACCUUUAUGGUGGACCAUCCAACAAUAAAGCCAUUAGCAACAGGUUCAGAGUGUAAACGCAGAUGGAGAACGUUGCGAGAUUCGUUCGUUAAAUAUCAUAGAUCCAGACACAAUGAAGGAAGAGGAAGUGAUCCAAGCAGGAAGAGGAUGUGGAUAUUUUAUGAUAUCAUGUCAUUUUUAAUUCCGCACAUCGAUUCGAGAGAAUCUAGUGCAAUAGACCACCAAGAGAAUGCUGACGAUACAGAUUUUGAAACCUCAACGGGAUACAGAGAUGCAAAAACUGAAUCUUUAUUAGAAAGAAACUUUGAAUCGGCCGAAUCUUCCAGUAAUCGCUUCGAUGUGGAUGAUUAUUCUACAGAUGGAUACGGUACUAAUGAAUCUUAUUCACCAAAAGAGAACAUCUCUAAAUAUCUAGACGCGGAAGAACAAUUUCUAAUAAGUUAUGCACCAGUAUUGAAACGCCUGUCUCCUCAAAAGAACGCUCAAGCGAGAUUGAAGAUACAGCAAAUCCUUUACGAAAUUGAAUUUGAAGAAGAUCUAUGAACUGAACAAAAGGAUCGUCUACUACUUCAUUUUGUGCUAAUACAAUUGUGAAAUUUCAUUUAAAAAUGCAAUAUAACAUUUUACCUAACAAUAAAAGAGAAAUCUUCA